AGCAUGCCUUAGUAGAGUACAUAUCACACCCUCUUGAAUUUGCUGCGUUAUCAAUGAUAAUAAGCAUUUUUCCCAACGCGGAAAAUUUGGAAACCGCAGGAAUUAUCAAGCUAAUUUACUGAAAAAUACGAGCAGCAUUGCAAUGCUGAUAUCUAAAGCAUUGGUUGCAUAUUACGAUGAUUAUAUCUAUGCAUAUUUUCACCGUAUGUACUGUUUUUUUUACUAGCAAAAUUCGACCUUGUCAAGCAGUCAUUAAGAAUGUGACACUGGUGUCAGUUCACGUGGGCGCCAAUCCGAUCUAUGGUUAUUAUUUGGCUCGACCGAUGUAUGAGGUUGCCGUGCGGCAUAUCCGGCGGAAAUAUCCACUGUCCCUGGGCAAUUUACAGUAUUAUUCCGUUUAUCAAUCUGGUUAUGAUGUUUGCGCCGACGGAGGUGACCAUGUGGCGGAGACGUUUAUCAAGUAUUACUACCAGCAUCCGGAGAUUUUUGAAUCUGAUAGCGUUUAUCCCGUUCUUGCCAGUCCAGAAUGCUCGUCGCAAGCCAUACAGCUCGCUGACCUUGCCCGCGAGUAUGAUUUGCCAUAUUUCACCAGCGUUGCCGGAGACCUUCGCUUGGCAAAUAAAGCCCGAUAUUCCACAAAUGCGGCUACAGCUUCCCUUGCGGGACCUGAUGUCGGCGACGCGGUGGCUGCUCUCCUCAAGCGUUACUCUUGGCGAACGGUUACUCUGAUCUGUGAUACGCUGUCUCGGCAUGUUGGCCUUUCCAAUUUCUUUGUGAUUCAAUGCGGGGAUGCCAGGAGACUGAUGGCGCGGGAAAAGUAUCCCGGAUAUUUUCGAGAAAUUGAUUCCUCCAUAGGUCAAGAUUAUGUUGAACUGUUGCAAAGUUUCAAAGGUCGAAGCCGAGUAUUCCUCUUCCUGACCAUGCCGGUGUACGUCAGACGCUUGAUGAUCACUGCAAACGCACUAAACAUGACCACUGGGGACUAUGUGUUUAUCACUCUUCAGCCAACAGAACGUCCAGGCAUAGUCGCCGUUGAUUGGAAUCAGAAAGAUGAUCAGAAGAAUAAUUCUGUAGCCUUCCAAGCGUACCAAAGCCUAAUUGUACUGAGUGGACAGAACCCGAACUGGACAGAAAUUACACCCUUAACCGAUGAGUUAAUCAGUGAAACAAAAAGCCUGUUCAACAUUACUAUGGUCCCUGGAAACGAGAGGAAUGAGCAAAUCACAUCUGUCUAUGAGUCCACUAUGCUCUUUGCUCAAAUAUUUAACGAAUCAUAUCCAGCAGUUUUUACUAUGCCGAAAUCUGCCUUUAUCAGAACAUACUUCAAUCGGGAAUUCAAUUACGCUGGACGAACCUACGACACUGACGGAAACGGUGGAAUGGUUAACUUUAUUCUCAUCAGCCGGUUAAAUGUUAAUACGACGAACAUGGAAGUAGCCAUGAUUUAUAAUGCCACUUCCAAAAGCUUAGUUGGUGUUGUACCGGAAUUAUGGCACUGGUUGGAUCGCGAUGCUCCGCCCCCGGAUAAACCGCGGUGUGGUUUUCUGGAAAACGAAUGCGACGACAGCGACCCAGACUUCAAAGCCAAAAUCGGCGGGGCAGCAGCAGGUGCAUGUGCACUUCUCAUAAUCCUUUCCAGUUUCGCUUACUGUUGGACGAAACGGCGGCAAGCGUUAUAUGAUCCGUGGUGGAUUUUAGAGGCGGAAAGACUUGACUGGGAUGCCGACGUCUCUAAAUUGCAUGCUAAUAAUACGCAGAAAAUCGUCGAAUUACAGCUGGGGAUUGUGGCAAAGUAUAACGCUAGAAAUGUCUAUGCUUUGAAAGUCUCCAACAAUGAGGCGGCAGAUUUAAUUAAGUAUGUUGCGAAAAGAAAAGAGCUUCUGACAACUCUGUACCAGCUCCGUAGUCUACACCGAAAUAACAUAGCCCGCUUCGGGGGAAUUGUUCAGAACAAAUCAGAUUACUUUCUUAUUUCGGAAUAUGGAUCGAAAGGCACACUUCGACAGCUGAUCGAGAAACAACAUAUGCCGAUUGAUAAGGACUUACGGUUGUCGUUGUUGUGGGACAUUGUAGAAGGCUUGGAAUAUAUCCAUCAGAGCUCCGCCGGACUACACGGAAACCUAAGCAGUCUAUGCUGUAUUCUGGAUUCACGAUAUGGAUUAAAAUUAGCCCAAGCUAAAUACUACAAGAUCCUGGAUCUGCUGCAGGUGGCGGAGAAUUCGGAUUUGGAGGCAGUGAAUUUCAUGUGGAAAUCUCCAGAAUUGUUACUAUAUCGAGGGCUCACAUCAGCCAACGACAGAUUCUACACUGUAACAAAAGCGGGCGACAUGUACUCCUUAGGAAUUAUAUUUUACGAAGUGUACACCAGAUCGCUGCCAUAUAGCGCUACUUUAAAUUCAAUCGAGUCCAUCCAAGAUGCCGUGGCAAAAAUGAUAACAAAGGGCGGACCUUCGAUAUUCGCGGUGUCGGAUAAGGUCAUACCGGAACAACUGCAAAUGCUGCUGCGAUCCUGUCUGGAUUUUCCUGCCAAACGGCCAACGAUCCAAGCGUUCAGUAAAGCCUUCCGCGCAAUGCAGCACAGGCCCUCGGCAUAUCUAAUGCAGGUUGUAAGGAAAUUGGAAAAGCACGCCGAAGAUCUGGAGCAAAUCGUAGUGGAGCGGAGCCGCGAGCUGGAAUCGGAAAUGCAUAAGGCCGAUUCGUUACUUCGGGAAAUGCUCCCCGCAUCGAUUGUAAGGCGCCUUCGGAACAAGGAAGCAAUUGCUCCAGAAAUGUUCGAAAGUGCCACCAUAAUGUUCAGUGAUAUACCCGUCUUCCAAAAAUCCGUCUCGGAAAAAUCUCCGCUAACAAUAAUUACUUUUCUCAAUAUGGUAUACUCGCAGUUUGAUCAGAUUAUCGAGGCCUUUGACGUUUAUAAAGUGGAAACCAUCAGCGAUUCCUACGUGAUUGCCAGUGGCCUUCCCAUACCCAACGGCAUGCAACAUGGAUACGAAACCUGCAAACUUGCUGUUGCUCUGGUGAAAGCUUCGAGCCGGUUACCAGACGUGGGAUUCACCGAAAAGACUGUGCAGUUAAGAAUCGGCAUCAAUACAGGACCUGUGGUUGCAGCUGUGAUUGGGACGCGAAUGCCACGAUACUGUUUGUUCGGUGAUACAAUGAAUACCGCAAGCCGAAUGGAAAGUAACGGAGCAGAAGGAAGAAUCCAGAUUAGUAUAGGAACAAGAACGGUGAUCGGUAACUCAAACAGUUUUCUUAUCGAGGCUCGGGAACCAAUCAACAUCAAGGGAAAAGGUUUAAUGCACACCUUUUGGGUGACGCAAAAAACCUUCGACUAAAUAUUCGCAGUGCGGAAAGCGGAGCGGAGUCCAGUCGCGAAAUGGCCCAGGAUGGCGAGAUUACUUAACUCCCGUCGCACAGGCUAAGAAAAAGCCAGUGUUCUAAGCAGACAGAUCUAAAUGCAUUCCAGGAUGUGUGUUUUUAUAUAGAUAUAUCACAGUGGCACAGCUACCUUGUAAACUGUUUUUUUACCAAUAACAGCAAGCUAUUAGAGUUCUGUGUGUGAAUGAUCAAUGGUUAAAGGAUAAUUCUAACAGUUCCAACAAUUCUCUUUCGAUGGAUUUCAUCUACAGUAGAGUCUGUGUCACUGUGUGCAACUUUUCCAAGACAGGACAUUUGUUUGCUUUUACUGUAGUCAGUAUUGCGUCGA